AUGCGUGGAGCAGGAUGGUGGAUGAGACAAGCGUAUCUCGGGCUCAUUCCCGCUUUUCCGGCAGGAUACUUGGUCAUAAAUGGAUUCCGAGGUGAUCAAUUUUGGGCUAAACCCUAUGUCAAUCGCAGUGCUAUGCCACCUUCUGAGUCUCUAGAAGAGCUUGUGGAGGCUGAACUCGACAAAAUUGGAGACAUAAAGAAAGCUAAGGUAUGUUUAUACUACUACUACUAUACUACUAUUACUACUACUACAAUAUUUUUUAUUUUAUAUUUGUGCAAAAGGUGUUCGUGACA